AUGUGGCAAGCUAGGUGGAGGGGGUUCAGUUAUAUCAAAGCAUCUCCGCCACCCUCCACCCGUUCGCGAUUUCCGCUGAUCGCUGCCCGCGGUUGAGUUCACUUGCCGAUACUCGUCGUUGCAGGGGGAGGGAGUAGGAAGGGGGUAGGCAUAGGGAUUUGACGAAUGGCGAUGAAGGCGGUUGAGUGCUGUGGCAGCUGCCGUGGCGGCGUGCUUAAGCAGCUGAGGGGGAUCUCCACGGCAGCGCCAGUGGCCGCUGCUUCAUCGCCGGCGGCGAUCUCCUUCCCUUCCGCCUUUCCGUAUAGGACAUCUCUCAAAUUCUUCACGAGGACGUCCCGACCAGUCAGGACGCCUUCUUCUUCAACUCUGAUCUCGGCUGCAGCCAACACGGUGACCGAGACCGAUGGACCCAAAGUCUGGCCUCGUUCUCUCUUCUACUCUCUAUUCUCUCUCUCUCGCCUUCCCCUCUUAUAUCUGCCGCCCUAUUCCUCCAUUUUCAUUUUUGUUUCUCUUUCUCUGUUGUGUAUUUUUCUGUACGUUUUUAAAGUUAUCCAUUGCAGGUCGUGUCGGUGCCUACAAAGCCGUACGAAGGGCAGAAGACGGGGACAAGUGGACUCCGGAAGAAGGUCAGUUGAAAUAGAUGGUCAUUUCGUGUUUUUAUUCCUCUUGAUUCCGUUUUAAAUUUUCACGGAUUGCCUGUCUUGAAUACUCCUGAUCGGCUGUGAAGGUCAAAGUCUUCCAGCAAGAAAAUUACUUAGGAAACUGGAUCCAGGUAACUUUUUUCCUUUCUUUUUCUCAUCUUAUUUUCUCAGCCGGCAUUAUUCUGAUCCGAGAGCAGGACUUUUUUCCUCAAUCCUUCUAUGGGUGUCCAUUUUUCUUUUUCUCUGAUGACCCGAGUUUUGCAGGCAUUAUUUGAUUCAUUGUCUACUGAAGACUACAAAGGCAGUGUGCUAAUUCUAGGCGGCGAUGGGCGCUAUUUCAACCGGGAAGCUGCGCAGGUUUCCCUCUUUGACCUCUGGAAUUGAGAUGGUCACUCUUUUUGAGUUUGCAUUGCCUGAUAUUUUUCAGAUUAUCCUCAGCUAUUAUUCUGAUAGCGGGCUCUCUCUCUCUCUCUCUCUCGAUUUUAUUGAGAGAAUGUGAAUGUAAUGCUGUUUGACUAUUUAUUGGUUACAGUUCGAAAGUUUCUUUAUUCUGCUUUCAUACCAUUUCUCAAUCUUUACAUGCAGAUAAUUAUCAAAAUUGCUGCGGGUAAUGGUGUUGCGAAGAUACUUGUUGGCAGGUGGGUCAACUUAUAUAUUAAUUAUCUUGGGCCAAAAAUAUAUAUAUAAUCGCCAUCAAUUUCUCAACGGUCGGGAUUUGAUAAUAUUAUCUUGACCAUCUCUGAAAAAUGUCUGCAAUCGCUGAUAAAUUCUCCAUUCAUGAAUCCAAAGAUUUGGCCCUCGCACUGGAUCUUUGGCUUUUGGGUGAUUUGCAUCACCUUGAAAAACAUGUUUGCUGAAAAAUUCAAGUGGCCUCUUACUGUUCUUGUCCCUUUCUCGCUCGUGGCUGUUGCCGGUCCCAUUCCUGCUCUUUUUGCUCUCUUUUCUAGUUUAUUUGAUUGUAGUAUAUUUGGUGGAUUGUUUAUCAGAUCGCAUUCAUCUCCUGGCGUUGAACUUCAAAUUGAAGUGCUUCUCCACCCAGACCUUGUUUUGUAUGGUUCACCGGAACAUAUUUAUCCUAUCGACUGUACCGUGGACCAACGUCACCGGCAAUCAAUGGGCAUUAUACAAGUCACGAGGCAGAGCAUCCAUUUGGUAUGUUCUACAACUGGAUUCCGUAAGUAUGAAGGGACUAUCUAGGAGUCGAAGUUCUACCGGCAGAAAUGUGUGCCUGGUAUUCAGAUGGUCUAGCGUUCUGGUCGAUUUUAGACUGUUACCACUCUGACUUGUAGUGGGUACAGUCGAGAUAUUCAGAGAGAAUGGUGGGAUACUGCUCCAUAAAAAACAGAGAGAAGGGGUGGCUCGCCGAUGUAGAAUGAAGGAAAAAACCGUGACUGGAAAGAAAAACCAAGACACUCGCUUCCACAAUGAGAGUUGACUUGGAAACAUGACUACUGGACUAAUUUAUGUUGGAGUCAUGGGAAACCUAUCCAGUGGCAUGAUCACUAUGAGCGGAGCUGGUAGACCAAUCUACAAGUGGGUCUAAAAAAAAUGCCUUAUUGAGUGAAUUUUCUGUAGGAAACGAGAGAAUUGGAUUAGAAGAAUUCGAGAUAAAAUCGUACUUAAUAAAUAUCAAGUGGUCCAAGAUGAAGAUUAUGGUAUAGGAAGCCAGCUUGCUAUUUCCAUUUUGUUAGGAAAAAAUGAAGGUCAUUAGGAUGAGGCAAGUUCACUGAUGUUGUUGGUGUGAGGAUGUUGCAAAAACUAAUGUUGUGAGAACAGUGAGCAAAAACAUUUGAACUCAAAGCCUAUUUUGCGUUUCUCUCAUCUACUUUCAAAGCAAGGUAUCUCUCAAGUAGUUGUGUAUUUCGAGCGAUACUGUCUCUCAAUUAAUGAAGGAUGGCAGACAUUUGCUGGCUUUCGAUCAGCAGAACCAUAUGUGAAACCAGCGAACGUACACAGAUUUAAAUGAGGGAGUUUUGCAUUGAGUUUGAUUCGUUUCCUAUUCAAAAGCUUCUGUUAGAUUCCUUGAGUGGAAGCACAUUAUGCCACGUUGAUUAUUACAAAAUAACUGAUAAACUGUAGUGUAUCGUAUUAUAAUGAACGUUCAAACGAAAAAAGGAUUAUUAAUUAAUUCCAGUUUUUCCUGACUUGAACUUAACUGAGAUCACUUGUUCUGAUGUUCUGAUGUUCCCUAGUUUCGUCGUCCCCUAGUUUUGAUAUCCUUGUGGAUUAGUUGAAUCAGCCGCUACAUGUCUGAAUCAAAUUAAGAGUGAAAAAUUGCCUGUGAACAUCCUUGUCUCGGUCCUAAAUGGUGCCACAUGCAUGCAGCCUGCAGCUAUUUUAUAAUUUUUUACGUCACAACCGUAUGGUUAAUGAGAAAAUAUACAUCUGAUAUAUAUAUGUAUACAUAUAAGGUCAAAUAUUAGGUUAUUAAAGUGUUAUUAAAGAGAUAUGAAAAUUUUCUGUCGCAUAUAAUUAGGAUACAAAUAAAGAUAUACAAUUUUGUAUUCCCCAUCUCCUAGACUUUGCUUACAGUAAGGUCCACUCUUUAAAACCCACUCAACUUGCUCAUUGGCUUUGGCAGCAGAAGUGGUAAUGCCAGAGGGUAGAGGUAGCUUCUCCUACCAGCAAUGGAAGUGGCGAUUGCUGUGCCAGUGGAGGGAGUAGUUUCCACCAGUACAAGAGAUAGGAGACCAGGGAGUUGUCAGUCGAUGCUGAUUCUAGCAUAUAAUUAUCAUCGACACUGCUCGUUUCUUCAUGACAUUCCUCUUUUCUUCCUUUUUUAUCCUUUUGUUGAACAGUCCAUCUCAUGGUGACCUUUAAACUUUGAGAAAUACUACUGGCUUUGACGUGCGUAAAAUGACUUCUAUGCAUAUGUGUGGAAUAUUGCUUAAUGAUUUAGGGUGCGUAGGUGGUAAGUUUUGAUUUUGAUCCAACCAGUCAGUAGCCUUAUUUACAAACGACUGUGAUAAUUCUCAUAUAGUAACUCUAAAUGAUGUGUAUAAGCACAGUAUGAUUAUAACACAUUUCUAAUGACCCUCUCUAAGCAUUGCACUUGGAAUUUCCAGGGAUGGUAUAUUAUCAACCCCAGCUGUUUCAGCGGUCAUUAGGAAGCAAAAGGUAAGGCAUUUCGUAUCAGCAUGCUAGGUUACAAAUCCUCAUUUUCGUUCCCUAUUGUUGACAUAAUGUUUCUGUCGUAGGCCAAUGGUGGUUUUAUAAUGAGUGCGAGCCACAAUCCCGGUGGGCCAGACUAUGACUGGGGUAUUAAGGUAAUGAUUCUGGCCGAUACUUUUGUGAAGGUUUAGCUAGAUUGUACCUGUAGAUUGAUUUAAAUGUAGGAAAUUAUAGUUCGUUGCACAGUGGAUACGAGAAUCCCCUAGAUGGAAAAGAACCUGAUGCAUAUAAUGCCUGUUCUGUGAUUACGAAGGAGUAAACUUCCAUGGAUAUAUUAUGAAACAGACAAUCACAGAAAAAUAACAAAAAAUCUGAUCAGAAAGGAGAUACGAUGGUGUUGGAUUUCAGUAUAAAAAAUUACUCUUUGUUACGAAAAUGAUAUUCGUUUCAUUUUAGUGACAGAAAUUUAAUCUUAAACUUUAUAACUCAUAACUCAUUUAUAAUUAAACAAAUGUGCAAGCGGCACACAGCUUCUGUGAACUACCAGAGAGGUUCAUGUUUUAACAAAACAUGGGCUAGUAAAGUGGCAUUAGUUAGAUAGAAUGUUAGGUUCUUCUGGUAAUAUUGAAAUUUCCUUUUUCAAUAUUAUUGUCUAAUGACUUUUUUCUACGUUGAAAAUAUUCAGUUCAAUUAUAACAGUGGACAGCCUGCACCAGAAUCCAUCACGGACAAGAUUUAUGCCAACACACUCACAGUAUUUUCCUACCCUUCUCUAUCUUCAUUUUUAAUGUCUUCGUAUCAUUUUAUCAUUUAGGCAAUUCUAUUAAGGUACCUGCUGUUUAUUUUCUGUUCUCACCGUCUCUCUCUUAACCACAACUUCCUUUGUUGUUUGACAAGAGGUUCGUAUUUUGAUCUUAAAGUGGGAGGAAAUUCAGCCGAGAAAAUCAGAAAAAAUGACACUAAAUUAGUUAUCUAAACAUAUCCAAAAUAUUUCAUUUUUUGGCCAAGCUUUUCCUAUCCACAGAGGUGUCAUGAGCUCUGCUUGGGGAAUCAUACUAUUGAAAAUUAGAUGCCGUAAUUUAUCUCAGACAAGAAUGAAAGGAAAGUACAUGGGCUUCCUAAGACUUGAAGAUGAAUUUCUCAUUGGUUGCAAUCCAUCAGGCAGUGAUGCGUAUAGGCAGCUAUGUUUCUCAAGUCUCAUUCCUUAUAGAUAACUUCAUCUGGUUUUCAGGGUUUAUAUUCAUUAGUUGUCUUUUUUUUCAGAAAAUAUGGAUUUUUUUCAUGGAAUCCUUUGGAAAAAGUAGCAUAGCCAUCAAAUUGCCUUGCUUAUUUGGCGAAGAGAGUUCUUUAUGAAUUUUACCCCUUCUUAGUUCUAAUAAUAGAAAACGGACACCGUGGGUCACCACAGGUUGCCCAAGAUAACUUUUAAUGAUUCCCAGGGACUCCAUAAAGGCUCCAAACGGGCUGGACUGGGUGGAGCCCUUAUGUUUGUUGUUUCAUCCUUAUUCAUCAGAAAUAAAAAACUAAUAAAACACUCAUGGAUAAGGCUGAUUCCUUGGAAAAAUAAGUUAUUCUAUAAUUAUUAUCAUUUCAUUUCAUGGCGUAGGAUAUCCUCUUCAUAGUAACUUCUUCAUUGUUUUAACUUUUUCAGAAAUGUCUGAUGUGUAUAUCAAUAGUUUGAGGGUUUCAAAAGCUCCAUUUAAAACCCCCACAAAGCCAAGUUGCCCAACUUUACCAUAACUAUUGAAAAAAGUCAUUACGUUUUCCAAAAUAUCUAACACAAUUAAAUUUCUAAGAAAGGCUUCACAGCCCGACUGAGGAUUACAUUUAAAACUUUAAAGUUAAUCAUCUAUAGCCAUUGGGGGAAUGCUCGUCUUUUAAACAUGAUACAUGAUAAAUUAGCAUACAAAAAAAGCACCAUCAUUGAUAUUCUUUUCAUUGUUUUAUUAAUGUCUAUGCAAGCGGUGGUAUUAAUCCAGCUGGGUAGCCGGAUCAACUCAACCCUCCGAAAAAUUUCAUCCAGACUGUUAUUUUCUAUUUAAUGGUCUCAUGUUUUUUCUCACCACAAUGACCUAUGUAUAAUCCAUGAAGCUUUCUUGAGGCAAGGUUUGGUAACUCCAAGUAUGGGCAUGAAUCUACUUUAUGUUAAUUCUUAGUUUUCUGCAUGCUAAGUGUCGACACCUGUCAAGGGGUUACUGAGAUAUUCGUACAGUUAGGAAAAAUGGUGUUGAUUCUAUUGUAUGAGUUUCUAUUUCUUUUUAAUCUGUUGUCACCUGUACAGCAUUGUUGACCAUCAAAGUCGUCGACACUUUUGUUGCCUUAGUAUUUGUUCUCUCUUUAAAUGAAUAUAUUGACUACUCGGUCCAACCAUACGGAAAAUGUCAGCAAAAAAUCUGUCAGCAUAAGAGCGAAUCUAGUGGAAAAGCUAUACAUCAGAAUUAUCGAUAGAGUUUGUUUAAAAAAUAUUUUCUCACAUGAAAAUCUAGAAUGAGGAUUAGAGACUCAGCACGCUUGGAAUUUAUAUUACUGUUGUAUGUUUCACCACAGUUGUCAUCAUCUUAAGCUAAACCAUUUACAAUCCUCUCUUCUUAGGAAUAAGUUUUUUCGAGGGUUAUCUUCCUCCUCUCUAUAUUCUAAUUUUUCUAUUUGAAAUUUAAUGAAAUUAAAACUGCAGAUUUCUGAGAUAAAAGCAGCAGAGAUUCCAGAUAUUGAUCUCUCCCAAAUAGGAGUUGUAGAUUAUGGAAAUUUCAGUGUUGAAGUCAUAGACCCAGUUACUGACUACUUGAAGCUAAUGGAGGUAAGUGUAGAAAAGUACACAAGCGAACUUUUCAACGCCUGUUUUGCCUUUUUGGGCAGCCUUUAACUUGGAUUUUUGUCUUUACCUUGAAAUGCUGUGUGCAGAGUGUGUUCGACUUCGACCUUAUCAAAUCUCUUCUCUCCCACCCUGAAUUCAGGUAAGAAGGUGAAGAUCUUGUAUGCAUGUCUAUAUCAAAUUUCAUAUAUUAUAUAUUUAAAUGUGUGUAAUGAUAAUAUCAAUGGCAUUUGUCCAUCAAAACUUCUGCAUCUCUCAAUGAGUGGUAGUGUCAAAAUCUAGUGUGUAGUUUCUUUCUUACUUUUGGGUUCCUUUUCUUGACCAAAUUUUUAGCUCAGUUGGGUAAUCUAUUUUUCAGUCACUUCAUACAGUUCCUUGGUUAUGCUGAAAUUUAGACCCUCGAUUCGAUUGGCAACCCCUCAAAAAUCUACUUGAUGAUGCUGUCAAGCUGACGGUGGUCACAGAACUGCAGUGAGCCAACACGUCCCCUAAGUUUAGAUGCACAAUAUGAUGCUCAAUUGGGGGAUAUCAUAUCAGUGACAAGAGUAUCUUAGAAGGGACUCAAAUCACCACUUGCUACGUAGAAAUAUUUCUCCCAGAGAAUGACUCCCCGUGGAGCACUCAAUUCCUAAUUGGUCGAAGGCUGCUCUAUGUAUUAACGGACACUGCACUAUUCUUUUUCUUUUUUUUUUCACUUUAUCUCCUCACCAUGAGCCUGGAAGAAAAUAAAUAAGUGAAGGACAGGAAAAAGAGAAAGGGACUCGUGGAGCUGGUGGUGCUUCUCCUCAAACUGACUGCUGUCUGUAUUACCUUACUUCAUACCAUGACCAAGUAUGGCAAUACAUAGUUACCAUAAUUUAGAGGAACAAGAAACCUGGUUUGCUGGGGCAGCAUUUUUUACGGUAAACAUGACGCAACCCUAGGAUGCUAUAAGGAAAAUACAUAUCAAUCAGGUUACAGAAAUUGAAGGCCUAGAAACCAUGACCUGGAACCACAAUCACUGAAUUAGAUGGUAUAUUAAUCGUUUUCUGUAGGAACUAAACGGGGCAUGGGGUUGUCUAAAUGGAAUUGUCAUAUUUUUGAAGUUUGAUGACGCACGUUUUUUCAGCUAAAAUAGAUUUCAUUUCGGACUAACUAAUUUUCAUAAAAUAAUUUCCAGGUUUGUAUUUGAUGCAAUGCAUGCAGUUACAGGUGCAUAUGCUAAACCAAUAUUUGUGGAUAGACUUGGUGCUGAUCCGGUACAUACCAUCUACCUUCCAAGCAUUGAGGUUCAAUAGUAGAAGAUGAAUAAUGCAUUUCAUUUUAAUUUGGUUCUCGGGAUAUUAUGUAGGGGUGUGUGAUAAAUGGUGUGCCAUUGGAGGACUUUGGGCAUGGACAUCCAGAUCCUAAUCUUACGUAAGAUUGGCAAACUUGGUUCCAUUUUGUCUCUUUCUAUUGUUUUUAUUCAUGUCUACAUUGUAACAGUUAUGCUAAGGAAUUGGUCGACAUCAUGAAUGGUGAAAAUGCACCCGAUUUAGGAGCAGCUAGUGAUGGUAUGUCAGAAACAAAGUAUUAAUUUCUGUAUUUUGGCUUAAUUAAUUUCUUUAUUAAUGUUAUUUCACAUGAAAAGUAUACAUUUUUUUUUAUCUGUGAUUUGGUAUUUUUCAGAGAUCUCUGUGUAUAAUUCUUCAUCUAGUAAUCACCCUGAUGCCAGUAAUGCUGAUAAGUUGUUAUCACCCAGUUACUAUUUCUUUUUCAUUUUUCAUUUUCAUGUGCCUUGAAUUAAAGUGUAGAACAGUUUGAACGAUUAGGUUAUAAAUCCUAUACAGCCACCACUAAAAUCACUGGGCUUCUCUCUUAGAACCUCCAUAAAAUCAAAUGAUAAUUUGAAACCCAUCCUUGCCUGUUUUCUCAUUCCAUGCCAUAGAGGCUACUGACUCAAUUUCUUCGGUCAUCAAUGGUUUUGAAAAUUCCUUAGUUUUCCUCUAUUGAAACUACAGUAGAAAUUUUUCAGCUACUUGUGAUGACUGUGGCCUAUUCUUCCCCUCAGUGAUAUAUAUCUUGCGACAGAUGCCUGUUGCGUCUUCUUAUGGAGUGAACCAUUGAUCCUCAUUCCUCAGCUUCCAAAUCAUAUAUAUCCUGGUUAUCGAAGUCACUCUACAGUAAUAAGGUCCUCAUCUGUCACAUUAUUUUCAACAUCUCUCACGUGACUUUUGCUUCCAAUAUAAUUCCUUCUUAUCCAGUUGGUCAACAUCUCUCACGUGACUUUUGCUUCCAAUAUAAUUCCUUCUUAUCCAGUUGGUCAACAUGGUCAACAGGGAAUUUUUCUAUAACAGCCUGAUGCUGGUGAUAUCGAAGGAUUUUGUAAUCCUUCAAGGCCCAGAAAGUGCAAGGCCGCUACUUACAAAGGAUUUCGUCCAUGUUUUGUCUGAAGAUUGAGGAAAUAUGGGCAUUCAUUGAGAUAAAUGUGACCAAGGCAAGAAUUAGUACGCAAAAAAAUUAUGUUAUUGAUGGAAAUAUAGAAUGCCAAACGACGGGAUUGGCUUGUAGUUAGCCGUCUACUUUCUUCUUUACCAUCAUACAAUCAUGUCUUCUCGUCAAAUCACAUUGUAGCCUACCAUUGAUGAACUGGCCUCCAAACUUCUACACAGUUUGCUUUGUUAGGAAACAUCCAGUGAAUGAAUCUCUCAAGAAGUUUGCUCUUUAUCUGCUAACUUAUGGCCCGUGGAAUGAAGAAAACCCUAACUUUUACCAGGUGAUGGCGAUCGGAAUAUGAUCCUCGGUAGUCACUUCUUUGUUACGCCAUCCGACUCUGUCGCCAUCAUUGCAGCCAAUGCACAAGAAGCCAUCCCUUAUUUCAAGGAUGGCUGCAAGGUAUAGGCCUCUAGCCUUUUGCUGGGCUUCUAUGAAAUGAUACUCAUGAUACACAUGCCUAAAUCCACAUUAUUAUCCUGUGGGAGCAUUUUCUUUCUUUUCAGGGAUUGGCUAGGUCCAUGCCAACAAGUGGUUCUUUGGAUCGUGUCGCAGCCAAAAUGAAUCUCCCCUUCUUUGAGGUUUUGUUAUUUUUAGACUAAUUGGUUCGCUAAUAUUCUAAGACUUUAAGUCAUAAAUUUUAGUAUCCUUUAUGUCUCCUCUUGUUCCUAAGAUUAUCUUCCAUGCAGGUGCCCACUGGUUGGAAGUUUUUUGGGAACCUGAUGGAUGCUGGCAAGCUGUCCAUAUGUGGGGAAGAAAGCUUUGGCACCGGUUCUGAUCAUAUUAGAGAGAAGGAUGGCAUCUGGUGAGGAGACCAAAUAGGAGUUCAUUUUCUCUGCAACUUUUAUGCUUUACCUUUCCUAUUUUUAUUUUUCAGUCUCUUUUCAUGGAUGAUGAGGGAAGAAAAACUGGAUGCUUUCUGCGCAAUGCUUUACCAACACUGCAUGUUUGUUCUACAUAAGUUCUUUGUUGUAAUUCUGUGGAAUAAUUAAGCUCUAGAUCCAUGAGAAAUGAAAAAAUUAUGGACAUUAUUUCAUGAUUACUUAAACUUCCUGGGUCUGUGAUCAGUCCUUAUAUGAUGAUCCUGAGAUUGAUGAAUACAUUAAGCUCUAGAUCCAUGAGAAAUUAAAAAAUUAUGGGCAUUAUUUCAUGAUUACUGAAACUUCCUGGGUCUGUGAUCAGUCGUUAUAUGAUGAUCCUGAGAUUGAUAGAUGAAUUAAGCUCUAGAUCCAUGAGAAAAAAGAAAAUUGCGGACAUUAUUACAUUAUUACUGAAACUUCCUGGGUCUGUGAUCAGUCUUUAUAUGAUGAUCCUGAUAUUGAUGAAUACAAGUAUAGGCAUCAUUCAAUUCUUACUGAAACCUGAUCCUGUCACAGGGCUGUGUUGGCUUGGCUUUCCAUCCUUGCCUAUCGGAACAAAGAGAAGAAGCCUGGAGAGAAGCUGGUGUCAGUCUCCGACAUUGUGAAGGAGCACUGGGCCAUCUAUGGGAGGAACUUCUUCUCGAGAUAUGAUUACGAGGUAACUAUCAGGAUCUCCGAGGACAUAUUUUCUGUACAGGUCGGAAGCCUGAACACCGCUGUUCCUCCUCUCCCAGGAGUGUGAAUCCGAAGGCGCUAAUCAGAUGAUCGACCAUCUCCGGGAGAUCUUAGCAGCGAGCAAGCCCGGCACAAAAUACGGCAAGUCUAACCCAAAGCAGUCGUGAACGCUGAAGCCCUCCUCAACCCCUUCUCUGACGCCGUUCAGUCUCGCAUUGCAGGAAACUACUCCCUUCGAUUUGCAGACGACUUCACAUACACCGACCCUGUAGCUCGUCUUCCUCCUCUCUUUUUUCAUCCUACUCACUCCUGCUAUUGCUGCCAACAUCGCUCACGAUCAUGAUCAUGGUUUCUGCAACAGGUCGACGGAAGCGUCGCAUCCAAGCAGGGCGUUCGUUUUGUCUUUACAGACGGAUCGAGGAUCAUCUUCCGCCUAUCCGUAACCCCCCUGCUCCUCAAGCGGCCAACAAUUUUCUUCAUUCAAUCUACGUCGGCGCUCAUGAUCAUCUUCCGCAGGGAACUGGCUCAGCCGGCGCCACGAUUCGGAUUUACGUGGAGCAAUUCGAGCCCGACGCCUCCAAGCACGACGAGGACGCUCAAGAAGCAUUGAAGCCACUGAUCGGUUCGUGCUCCUUCCCAUAUAUAUCUCACGGCUCCCUCUGGCAGCUUGGCACUCACGGGCUGCCGACCCGUCUUGGUUUCAGAUCUGGCGCUGUCCUUGUCAAAGCUCAAGGACUUCACUGGCAGAGAGCAGCCCACGGUGAUCACAUGA